AUGGACUAUAAAGAAAGCGAUACAGAGAAACAAAAUAAGUUAGAUAGCGAUCCAGAUGACAAAACAGACUCAGAUAUGCAUGAUUUCAAAUAUUAUAAAGAUUUAUUUUCAAAUUAUAUUGAAGAUUCAGAUCAAAACAGAUAUAUAAACGCACUAGAUGCAAUUAUACAUCUCGUAAAUUCGAAUGUUGAUGAAGCAAUGGAUAUAAUUUUUGAAAUCGAAAUCAUCAGGAUUAUAUUAGAACAUUUUACAUUUGAAUUCCCAGAUAUUGUAAUAAAAUCCCUUUUAGUCUUUAAUGAAAUAGCUAGCAAUGAAAAAUACAGUCAACAAUUAUGGGUUCAAGAUUUUUUCACUUAUAUAGCUCAAUGGUUUGAAAUUACAAAUGACCUCUAUAUUUACUCAUUAAUCUUUGACUUAAUUUCUACUCUUAUUAAGAAAUCAAAACAAAAUUAUUGUAUGCUUUUAAAUACAACAUUUGUAGCUGUUUUUGGUACAAAACUAAAUCAGAUUCCACCUCCUACUGAAGCUACUAAGCAUUUGCAUGAUUUUUACAUCAGUUUAUAUCAAUUUUACAAAUAUCUUUACAGAUAUAAAAAAAUUAGACUUCCAGAUCCAUAUUUUAGAGAUAUACCUACAGUUUUAUUUGCAAUUCUUCCAUUUGCUCCUUUAGAAUUGGUUGCAUACAUAUUGAAUCCAAUGAUGACAAUGAUUGAGAAGCACAGAGCAACAUUAGGCUAUCUUUUUAUACGACCAAAACAUUUUGAAGUUCUUUGCAAAUUGCUAGAAAGCAUGCAUCAAUUUAAAGAUGAAAAUGAAGAAUUUUUUAAUUUUGCAGAAGAAAUUUCUAGAGAGUUAUGUGUAAUUUUACAGUUUAUAUUUGAUACAAACCAAGAUGAUGAUGUUAAUCUAUCAAUUGACGAUUUAAUUGAUUAUAAUCUUUAUGAAAUAUUAAAACAAUCAAUAGAGAUAUUUCCAAGCAUCACUAGUCAAAUAUUAGAAAUAAUAGGUGACUUGGUUGCUUUAAAAAGAAUUCCAAGUCCUGAAAUUCCGAUGUAUUUCAUUUCUCUUGCAGAUUCAAACUUAAACAUUGACCAAAAGACAUCCUUUGCAUUUCUCUUCUUUGCAUGCGCUCAGAAUCUUGGUAGUCAGUUCUGUGAGUUUGUUUAUGAAAAUCUGGACAUGAUAGAUGGAAUUUUGGAGAUAUUAUAUACCCAAGAAAAGAAUUGCGUAUACAACAUUAUGAAUGGAAUCAUUUAUCUUGUUGAUACAGCAACAAAAUUGGGAUUUGACCUUGAAAUUUUUCAGAAUAAGCUAGAAGAACAAGAUAUUACAGACGACUUCAUUGAUAAUACACAAGAAAUGUAUGACGAGGAUGAUGAUAUAUACGAAACUUGUGAAAGGUUCCUCAAAAUGUAUGAAACUGGAGACGCUUCAAUUGAUGAUGAAUUUGAUGAAAAUGAUAUACCUGCCGAAGGAUUUGUUUUUUCCAUUAAUGAUAGUAAAUAG